AUGGGACGCCGCGAAGUAAUCCAAUCCGUUGAAGCAGGGACCGAUGAGAUUCCCGCGGUAGUUAAAGACGUCCUACCCGCCGAUCCCUUCGACCUUCUUAACUUAUCCCGAUUAAUAGCCGCUCAGGCCUUCACAGCGCGUAUUCACUCUCUAGAAGCGGAGGCGGGUAAGCUGAAGGGAAGCUUAGGCGAGAGCCAGUCGUCGAUUAAAGCGUUAGAGGCGAAAGUGGCGGAUUUGGAAGCGACGCUUAAGGAGGCCAAUGAGAAACGAGAGGCGGCAGAAGAAGAGCAGGCCAAGCUCACUGGCGAGAAAACAGCUCUUGUGGCGAUGGUGAAGAAACUCAACAGAGACGUCGCCAAGCUCGAGACUUUCCGUCGCACGCUCAUGCAACAACUCAAGGACGAAAACGACGACGAACCUGCGUCCGAGCAGGUGGGCAUGGCGGAGAGUGCAGCUGGCAGGAAGCCUCCGGUUCCCGAGUCGAGUGUGACGUCCGAGUCAAGUGCUUCAGUCACCAAGACGCAACCAGAUGUCUCUGCAUCGCUAGCAGCAGGCGUGGCGGGGCCAGGGGCGGGCACAGCACUGAGGGUUGACCACGUGGCAAGAUCAACGGCUGCUGCUGGCUCUGCCACAGUCGCGUCUGCGAUGGACCAUGCAGGUUCAGGAGAGGACGCAGCUCGCAGCAACGUCACUACCACUGGCGGACCAGCAGCGAGCACCACGGGCAGCAGCAGUAGUGUGAGCGCGAGUCUCAGGAACCUGAGAACUCCCCAACGCACGCCCUCCAUGACCCCCUCGCUCUUCUCCCCGGCCUUCACCCCUUCGGCUACACCUCCCCACGGGAGCACCGCUGCCUCUCCCCGCUCGCGCACUGAAGUUCGAGCUCCCCGGGUGGAUGGCAAGGAGUUUUUCCGACGAGCAAGAAACCGUCUGUCAUACGAGCAGUUCAGUCUGUUUUUGGCCAAUAUCAAGGAACUCAACGCACACAGGAAGACACGCGAGGAGACUCUAAAGAAAGCAGAGGAAAUCUUUGGGACUGAAAACAAGGACUUGUAUGCUUCGUUCGAGACCCUUCUCAGUCGUCACCUCCCCACAUAG